AUGUCUACUACUCCACAAUGGAUUAUGAUUGGUGGAGAAGGUCCUGAGAGUUACAACCAACAUUCUUCGUAUCAGGGAGCUUUGUUGGAAGCGGCAAAAGAAAAGAUGAACGAGGCAAUCUCAGCUAAACUCAGCCUCAACUUGAUUUCUGAGCGCUUCAAUGUAGCAGAUUUCGGUUGUGCGAGUGGACCAAACACUUUUGUGGCAGUGCAAAACGUAAUAGAUGCUGUAGAAGACAAGUACCGUAACGAAACCGGACAAAACCUGCCCGAUAACUUCGAGUUCCAAGCCUUGUUCAAUGACUCUUGCAACAACGAUUUCAACACACACCGCGCGUAUCUUGAUCAGUACUCGAUCGACACCAAAACUCUAUUGGACGCUAGAGCUGAAGAGGUCGUGCCUGGAGGACUGAUGUUGAUCUUCGGAUCUUGCCUAAGAGACGGGGUCAAGAUGUCGGAGACCUCUAAAGGAUUAGUGAUGGAUUGCAUUGGAGCGUCUUUUAAUGAUCUUGCUCAACAAGGUCUAGUUGAGCAAGACAAGGUGGACUCUUUCAGCACACCUCUAUACGCAGCAGAGGAAGGCGAGUUGAGGCAAAUCAUAAAGGAGAAUGGAAACUUCACAGUUGAGGCUUUUGAGGAUAUCAUUCACCCAAAUGGAGAGUUUGAGCUAGACCCCAAGAUCUUGGCCGCCUCCUUCAAGGCCACCUUUGGAGCGUUCCUGUCUGCACAUUUUGGAGAACAGCUGCAAGGAAAGGCUUUGAACUUGUCGAGGUCAAGAUACAGGAACACUUUUUUCGCAUCAAGAAUGCAGUUCCUCAUCAAGAACUAA